AAUCGAUAGUUUCGCAGCUGCUGUUUUGGGCCGGCAAAUUGUUUAACUUGGCUGAAUUGUUUAAUAAUGUUUUAAAUAGUUGCGAUACCGAGCUAACCACACAAUCGCAAUGUUUUCGAUGUGCAAGCAAACGCAUGCCGCCACGGCGCUGGAGUUUUCUAUAGCUUGCCGCUUCUUCAACAAUCUGGAGGAGAACCUUGUGGUGGCGGGCGCCAAUGUGCUGAAGGUGUACCGGAUAGCGCCCAACGUGGAGGCGGGCCAGAGACAGAAGUUGAAUCCCAGUGAGAUGCGUGUAGCUCCGAAAAUGCGGUUGGAGUGUCUUGCCACCUAUUCCCUCUACGGCAAUGUGAUGUCGUUGCAGUGCGUCUCUUUGGCGGGAGCCAUGCGAGAUGCACUGCUAAUUAGUUUCAAGGAUGCCAAGUUGUCUGUACUGCAACACGAUCCGGAUACGUAUGCCCUGAAGACCCUUUCGCUUCAUUAUUUCGAGGAGGACGACAUACGUGGCGGCUGGACAGGCCGGUAUUUUGUUCCCACAGUCCGGGUGGAUCCUGAUUCUAGGUGCGCCGUGAUGUUGGUCUAUGGCAAACGGCUGGUAGUGCUUCCAUUCCGUAAGGACAACAGCUUGGACGAGAUUGAAUUGGCAGAUGUGAAGCCAAUUAAAAAGGCUCCCACAGCCAUGGUCAGCAGAACGCCGAUUAUGGCCUCGUAUCUGAUAGCACUGCGGGAUUUGGACGAGAAGAUCGACAAUGUGCUGGAUAUACAAUUCCUUCACGGCUACUAUGAACCCACACUGCUAAUCCUAUACGAGCCGGUGCGCACCUGUCCGGGAAGAAUCAAGGUGCGCUCGGAUACCUGUGUUUUGGUGGCCAUUUCGUUGAAUAUCCAGCAGCGAGUGCAUCCGAUUAUUUGGACGGUUAACAGUCUGCCUUUCGACUGUCAGCAGGUUUAUCCCAUCCAAAAACCUAUUGGUGGUUGUCUGGUAAUGACCGUCAAUGCCAUAAUCUAUCUCAACCAGAGUGUUCCUCCAUAUGGCGUUAGUUUAAACAGUUCAGCGGACAACAGCACUGCGUUCCCGCUAAAACCGCAAGAUGGUGUGCGGAUUAGUUUAGACUGCGCUAACUUUGCGUUUAUCGAUGUGGAUAAGCUGGUACUCUCGCUCCGCACUGGAGAUCUCUACGUGCUCACGCUUUGUGUUGACUCAAUGAGGACAGUCAGAAACUUCCAUUUCCACAAAGCAGCCGCCAGUGUACUGACCAGUUGCAUUUGCGUACUUCACUCGGAGUAUAUAUUCUUGGGAUCACGUCUCGGAAAUUCAUUGCUGUUGCAUUUUAAAGAGGAGGAUCAGAGUACAGUCAUUACUUUGGAUGAUGUGGAGCAGCAGGCUGAGCAGCAGCAACGGAAUCUUCAAGAUGAGGAUCAGAAUCUGGAGGAGAUUUUCGAUGUAGAUCAAAUGGAUAUGGCACCCACCCAAGCAAAGUCUCGUCGCAUUGAAGAUGAAGAACUAGAGGUGUACGGUUCGGGUGUUAAGACCUCGGUUCUCCAGCUGCGCAAGUUUAUUUUUGAGGUUUGCGACAGUCUUAUGAACGUGGCACCCAUCAAUUAUAUGUGCGCCGGAGAGAGAGUGGAAUUCGAAGAGGAUGGUGUCACCUUACGACCACAUGCGGAAUCUCUGCAAGAUCUGAAGAUCGAACUGGUUGCAGCCACUGGUCAUAGCAAAAACGGUGCCUUGUCCGUAUUCGUAAAUUGCAUUAAUCCUCAGAUCAUCACCAGCUUUGAGUUAGACGGCUGCCUCGAUGUGUGGACCGUGUUUGAUGAUGCCACCAAAAAGUCUACAAGGCACGACCAACAUGAUUUCAUGUUGCUUUCCCAAAAGAAUUCUACCUUGGUUCUUCAAACAGGGCAGGAAAUCAACGAAAUCGAGAAUACGGGUUUCACGGUUAACCAGCCGACCAUUUAUGUCGGAAAUCUCGGACAGCAGCGGUUCAUUGUUCAGGUAACCACUCGUCAUGUCAGAUUACUGCAAGGAACUCGCCUGAUCCAGAAUGUACCCAUCGAUGUGGGUUCGCCGGUGGUUCAAGUAUCCAUUGCUGAUCCAUAUGUUUGCCUGCGGGUGCUAAAUGGUCAGGUUAUCACAUUGGCGCUGAGAGAAACACGUGGGACUCCCCGAUUGGCUAUUAACAAGCACACCAUCAGCAGUUCUCCCUCCGUAAUCGCCAUCUCCGCAUAUAAAGAUUUAUCGGGAUUAUUCACGGUCAAAGGAGAUGAUAUCAAUCUAACCGGUAGCUCGAACAAUGGAUUUGGCAACACCUUUGGGGGCUAUAUGAAGGCGGAACCCAACAUGAAGGUGGAGGACGAGGAAGAUCUUCUUUAUGGCGAUGCCGGAAAUGCUUUUAAGAUGAAUAGUAUGGCAGAUUUGGCUAAACAGUCGAAACAGAAGAACUCUGACUGGUGGAGGCGUCUCCUAGUGCAAGCUAAGCCCAGCUAUUGGCUGGUGGUGGCCCGUCAGAGUGGAACCUUGGAAAUCUACUCCAUGCCGGACAUGAAGCUGGUCUACCUCGUAAACGAUGUGGGCAAUGGAGCUAUGGUUCUCACAGAUGCCAUGGAAUUCGUGCCCAUUUCACUGACUACACAGGAAAACUCCAAAGCGGGUAUUGUCCAAGCUUGUAUGCCUCAGCAUGCAAACUCCCCGCUGCCACUAGAACUAAGUCUCAUUGGCUUAGGACUAAAUGGAGAAAGACCUCUACUAUUAGUGAGAACUCGUGUAGAGCUGCUUAUAUACCAGGUGUUCCGGUAUCCCAAGGGCCAUCUAAAGAUACGAUUCCGUAAGGUGGAGCAACUAAAUCUACUGGAUCACCAGCCGACGCAUAUUGAGUUGGAUGAGAAUGAAGAUCAAGAGGAUAUGGAAUCCUACCAAAUGCAACCGAAAUAUGUUCAAAAGCUUCGUCCAUUUUCCAAUGUGGGCGGGCUAUCUGGCAUUAUGGUGUGUGGAGUAAAUCCCUGUUUUGUCUUCCUAACAUCCCGAGGAGAACUUCGAAUCCAUCGUCUGAUGGGAAAUGGAGAUGUCCGUAGCUUUGCCGCCUUCAACAAUGUGAACAUACCCAAUGGAUUCUUGUACUUUGACACUACCUUCGAACUAAAGAUCUCUGUGCUUCCCAGCUAUCUGAGUUACGACUCUACUUGGCCGGUGAGAAAGGUUCCGCUAAGAUGUACACCACGACAACUUGUGUACCAUCGCGAAAAUCGGGUUUACUGUUUGAUUACCCAAACGGAGGAGCCGAUGACCAAGUACUAUCGGUUUAAUGGAGAAGAUAAGGAGCUAUCCGAGGAGACUCGCGGCGAGAGGUUCAUCUAUCCUAUUGGCUCGCAGUUCGAAAUGGUUUUAAUAUCACCAGAAACCUGGGAAAUUGUACCGGAUGCGUCCAUUAGCUUUGAGCCUUGGGAGCAUGUCACAGCCUUUAAGAUCGUAAAGUUGUCAUAUGAAGGUACACGAUCUGGUCUCAAGGAAUACCUCUGCAUUGGAACUAACUUUAACUACAGUGAGGACAUAACCAGCAGAGGAAAUAUUCAUAUUUAUGAUAUCAUUGAAGUGGUCCCUGAACCCGGCAAACCCAUGACGAAAUUUAAGCUAAAGGAAGUUUUUAAGAAAGAGCAAAAAGGACCAGUUUCGGCAAUAUCCGAUGUCCUAGGUUUUCUGGUCACUGGAUUGGGCCAGAAGAUCUAUAUCUGGCAGCUACGUGAUGGUGAUCUCAUUGGUGUGGCUUUCAUAGAUACAAAUAUCUAUGUCCACCAAAUUAUUACCGUGAAAUCACUGAUCUUCAUCGCCGAUGUUUACAAAUCUAUAAGUUUGCUGCGCUUCCAGGAAGAGUACCGUACUUUGUCGCUGGCUUCGCGGGAUUUUAAUCCUUUGGAGGUCUAUGGCAUUGAGUUUAUGGUGGACAACACAAAUCUGGGAUUCCUGGUGACCGAUGCUGAGCGCAAUUUGAUUGUGUAUAUGUAUCAGCCAGAGGCCAGGGAAUCGCUUGGAGGCCAGAAACUGUUACGCAAGGCUGAUUAUCAUCUAGGACAGGUGGUGAACACCAUGUUCCGCGUGCAGUGCCAUCAAAAGGGACUACAUCAACGCCAACCCUUCCUGUACGAAAACAAGCAUUUCGUCGUUUAUGGAACCCUUGAUGGAGCUCUGGGAUAUUGCCUGCCACUGCCCGAGAAAGUGUACAGAAGAUUCCUUAUGUUGCAGAAUGUGCUCCUGUCCUACCAGGAACACCUAUGUGGCCUCAAUCCCAAGGAAUAUCGCACUCUCAAGUCUUCCAAGAAGCAGGGUAUUAAUCCAUCGCGUUGCGUCAUCGAUGGAGAUUUAAUUUGGUCAUAUCGUUUAAUGGCCAAUUCGGAGCGCAAUGAAGUGGCCAAGAAGAUUGGCACGCGAACGGAGGAGAUCCUGGGCGAUUUGCUUGAGAUCGAGCGACUGGCCAGCGUUUUCUAGACAUUCUCUCUUGUCAAAGAUGUAAAGUUUUAGUUGGUAGUUUUAUUUGUAGUUUAUGUUACGAGUUUCUCAUUUGUAAUUAUAGUUUUGUAAUCCAAUCGAAGCAACAACAAAGUAUUUUGUUAAGUAAA